GUUCCCGGGGUUGUGGGGCAGCAGGAAUUAGCACAGUCGCGGAAGAAAAGCAUACCCCGCCUCCCCGCGGCAGCUCUAGAAGAGCAUCCGCCCUCCAGAAAGGAGGGUGGACAUUAAACGAGAUGGACCACUUCCGGGCCACCAGGCUAAGCGGGUCAGAGGAAGCGUCGGGUACCUCUGGUGGGUAGGGCAGUUGGGCCGGGGGACCACUUCUCCCCAGCGGCUCUGGCGGUUUCCCCAGCACUCCCGCGGCACUGAGUUUCCUAUACUUGUGACAUAGUGCAAACGCGAGGAGGAACGGACACAGCAUUGGUUAGUUGUGGCCCAAACCUCAUCCCGCGGACAUGGCUAACAAGGGAAACAAAAAACGCCGGCAGUUUUCUUUGGAGGAAAAAAUGAAAGUAGUAGAAGCAGUGGAUUCUGGCAAGCGAAAAGGAGAUGUAGCAAAGGAAUUUGGCAUCACUCCUUCUACAUUGUCCACAUUCUUAAAAGAUCGUGCUAAAUUUGAAGAAAAGGUGAGGGAAGCAUCUGUGGGACCACAACGAAAAAGAAUGAGGAAUGCACUCUACGAUGACAUCGACAAAGCUGUGUUUGCUUGGUUUCAAGAAGUUCAUGCAAAAAACAUUCUAGUGAGUGGAUCAGUGAUUCGAAAAAAAGCAUUAAAUUUGGCAAACAUGCUAGGCUAUGACAAUUUUCAAGCAAGUGUUGGUUGGCUAAAUAGAUUUCGGGAUCGUCAUGGGAUUGCUUUAAAAGCAAUCUGCAGAGAGGAUAAUGAUAAAUUAAUGAAUGGUAUAGGAAUAGAUAAGGUUAAUGAGUGGCAUGCUGGUGAAAUUAUAAAGCUUAUUGCUGACUAUAGCCCAGAUGACAUUUUUAAUGCUGAUGAAACUGGCAUGUUUUUCCAGUUGUUGCCACAACAUACACUUACUGCUAAAGGCGAUUGUUGUAGAGGUGGUAAGAAAGCCAGACAACGAUUGACUGCACUUUUUUGCUGUAAUGCAUCAGGAACUGAAAAAAUGAAACCACUGAUUGUUGGUAAAUCAGCUACCCCACGAUGCUUCAAGAAUGUGCAUUCACUUCCUUGUGAUUACCGUGCCAACCAGCGGGCAUGGAUGACUCGAGAUUUAUUCAAUGAAUGGCUAAUGAAAGUUGAUGCAAAGAUGAAACAAGCAGAACGAAGAAUUCUCAUGUUGAUUGACAACUGUUCUGCCCACAACAUGCUUCCACGUCUAGAAAGAAUUCAAGUUGGCUAUCUUCCAUCAAACUGUACAGCUGUUUUACAGCCACUGAAUCUUGGUGUAAUUCAAACCAUGAAAGUUUUAUAUAGGAGUCGCCUCUUGAAGCAGAUUGUCCUCAACCUUAACAAUAAUGAAGAGAAAGAAAAAAUCAAUAUUAAACAAGCUAUUGACAUGAUAGCUGGUGCAUGGUGGUCUGUUAAACAAUCCACAGUAGUGAAGUGCUGGCAAAAAGCAGGUAUAAUUCCAAUGGAAUUUACUGAUACUGAGCCAGAGGAUGAUGAUGAACCAGACAUAGCAAUUGAAAAAUUAUGGAAUUCAGUUGCUAUUGCCACAUGUGUUCCAAAUGAGAUUACUUUUCAGGACUUUGUAACUGCUGACAAUGAUUUACUUAUAUCUUGUGAAUUAACAGAUGUAGAGAUUGUUGAAAGCAUGAUGACUGGUACAAGGCCUGAAGAAAGUGAAAGUGAGGAUGAUGAAGGUGUCUCUUUCCUGGAGCAGCCAAAACUAACCAUUGCAGAAGCCAUCUCGAGUGUAGAAAAACUCAGGCAAUUCCUUUCUACAUGUACAGAUGUUCCUGAAGCAGUCUUUGGACAGUUAAAUGGUAUCGAUGAAUAUUUAAUGACAAGUGUAACACAUACUCUUGUGGAGUCCAAAAUUACAGAUUUUCUCCAAGCAAAAUAAAAUGGGGAAAUUACUUCAUCUUUUUGUUGGAGGGUAUAGUUAACAUGACUAAAGAAUGUUCCUUUCAGAUUUUGAACUUAUUUCAAGCAAUAUUAUUGCAUCAAUGUUCCAAUACUGUGAAAUGAUUUGGACACUUCUUGAAGUUUACCUUAAUGGGAUUUGGUCCAUGAUAUAUUUGAUUGAUAACUGUAUUAUCUCUUAUUUCAGAUGAGAAAGAGUAACCACAUUAUAGGUUUACUCACGAGACCUGCAUCUAACUUCUUCCUGUUGUCUUUCUGGAUCCCAGAAUUUCUUCCCCAGUUUACAAUUCAUUUUGCGCUAAGGACAGCAUCUAGCAUUGCCCAGCUUUGUUGCAUUCCCCCUCACAGUUUACUACAGUUAGGACCAAUUAUUUUUAUACAAAGUUGCAAUUCUUCCUACAUUCUGAUGAACUAUCAGUUGACAAAGCUCUCCUCUACUUCCUGCUUCUCUUCUCCUCUGUAAUCAAUCCCUUCCCAUCCUGCACCCAGAAGAGAAUUAUUUGGUGGAAGUACUUCCUGUGGGAUUGCUUGAGCAGAUAAUAUGUUUCCUAGUCUUUAAGAGAUAAGCAACUUAGCUUUAUCACUAAUAGGGAGAUGGGAUAGAAGGAAUUUUGAAUAUAUUUUUUCAAAAGAGUAGGCAUAGGAGGUAGUUGAAAUUUAUGGAGCAAUCCCACAGUAAGGGACCAGAGAACUCAGAGAGAAUAGAGGAGCAGACCCAUGGAAAUAUGAGAGUGAGGUUUUCUGAUAUUCACCUACUAUACUUCUGACCAAGUCUAGAAGUAAAAAAGAGAUUCAGAUGUGAGAGUGUGCAUGUGAAUGGAAUGAAUAUUAUUUGGAUCUACCCACAUUUAGGAUCCCACAUCUUACCUAUAGAUAAUUAAGAAUCAGUUCCAUGUAAUAAUAUUAACCCAUUACAUUGCCCACUUACCAGGGGAAAGACUGAAAUAAUGAAUUGGUGCUACUUUCUCUGUUAUUGGUCUUCAUGGAAAUCUAUUAGGUGGGUUUGAUUUAAUUCAAGGUUUAAAGAAAGUUACUAGAAAAAUUCAACUAAAUAAGGUGGGGUUUUUUUUCCUACAAAAAACCCUAAUCUUUUUAUAGUUCUAACCUAAUAGUCACAACUCAGACUAAUGUCGGUGUUAUUUUUAGAAGUUGCAAGUCAGUCAAGAAAUACUUGACAUUUUAAGGUGGUGGUGAAUUUUGAUAUUUUUUCAGAUGAAAUUUUUGGAUACUUUCAGGAACACUGUAUGUUGGUUUGGUUAUUUUCUAAAGCUGAAACUUGUGAAGUCAUUGAAGGGGGAACUGUCUCCUGUUGGUCAGGUUAGCCAUAGAUAUCAGAGAAUAUUUUUGCCAUGAUGUAUGUAUUAGAAGAAUCUCCAUCACAAAAAAACAACAUAUAUUUAAAUUGUUUUAAUUAAGAAAUAUAAAAUUUAUGUAUCCUGGAUAUUUUUAUUCAACAAAAUAUAACUAUAUUAAUAAAAUGAAUGCAUAUUUUUGAAUUUUCAACUAUCUUAGGCCAAGAAAACAAAGUGAUGUGCGUCUUCAUUCUUCAAGCCAAGAUGUCACCAAGUCUUGUCAUUUCUUCCUCUGAAAUGUCUAGAUUUCACCACUUUCUUUUCUCAUACAUAUACAAGUUAAAUCAAGAUCCUCAGUAGUUCUUAUCUGUAGUAGCCUAACUGGUUUUCUUAACCUCAUUCUCUUUUCAUUCCAAUCCAUUUUAUAUACAGUUACCUAUUAAUUUUCCAAAACACUGCUUGCAUCAUGUCACUUUCCCUGCCCAAAAAGCUAUAGUGACUUCUCUUUGCCUACAGAAUAAAGUGUAAAUGCCUCAACCUAUUUCUAAUGCCUUCUGUAAUUUAGCCCACUCAUCCCAAUAUGCCUCAAUUCCAGACAUGCCAGUCUGUUACCUAUAUCAUUCUUAAUUCUGCCUCUGUGUGCUUUAAUAUUUUAUUGCUAUCUCUGACCUGUUCAUAUCUUAUCUACCCUGAAAGCUUAGUCCCUUUACUCUCAAUCUUCCAACUACUUCUGAUCCUUGAUUUGUCUCUUUCUGAUUUACUAUAUGCUUGUCUUUACCACACAAUUUAGCAUUUACUUGUUUUAUGUUUUCUUGUUUUGGCUUUAAAUCUUAUAGUCCCUUGAGGAUGAAGGCCAGGUAUUGAAAUUUUUUUGUAUAGUCAGUAGUGCCUUGCAGAGUGCUGGGCAUAUCAUAGGUACUUAAUAAAUUGAUAUAUGAAAUGUGUCAAAACCAAAUCCUUUUUUAGCAGUUAGAUUUGACCCCAAUACCAAGUAAUAAUAAUGGCAAGAAGUUACUUAGAGAUAACUGAAAAAUCAUGAUAUAUUUAGAAAACAUUUCUAAAAUAUUACAUAUUAUAUAAGUUACUACUAUACACUCAAGAGUUGUAAUCUUUAUUUUACAAUGAUAGUUACAAGACCUAACAUAUCAAGGUAAAAUAAUCAGGUAGGUUUGGUCCAGGCAGUUCUGUCAUGAAUAGAAUUCCAAAAGGGGUCCAAGUCAUUAUUGCAAGCAAGAAGAAGAUAAUAAGGAGUCAAAGGUAAAGGCUAUUCUGUGGGAAGUCUGAAGAAUUUACUAUGGAAAUCAGUGGAUAUCUCCUAAUAGGAGAAGGAAACAAAAACAAAAUUCACUGACUGUUCUAAGAACAGUAAACUAAAGGUGGGAUUAAAUAAAGUUUACGUUCAAAUUGUUCCUGAAGUUACUUGAAAAUUGCCAAACCAAUCCACUUUUAAUUGUGUACACUUGGGUCUUGUCUUAUGAGUUUGUGUCAGAACAAAUCCAUAGUACAAAUAUGUGAUGUCAAGUCAUUAGAACUAGAUCACAAAUAAGAAUUUUGAAAAAAGUGAAGGAUAAAAUUGGGAAAUUGUUAACUAAACACAUAAAAUGUCCUUGCAAGAAUGCUUUUUGCCAUAGAAUUUGCAAAUUGAUAUGUGAGGGGUCUUUAUAACUACAGGCUGAGUAUUUCUACGUCAAUCAAGCUUGUGAGAUCUAAUAAAUGCUAGGAUGAUGGAAAGUGUCUCUUAAGGGGAAAGCAGCAUUUUUGCAGAUGGGAUAGUUACUAAGUAAUUGGCCAUUGGCAUGAAGUGCAGUGUGGGUAAUUGAGGGGCAUGCAAGCUAGCCAUUCACAUUCCUGAAGGGUGUUCAUAAUGUGACCUAUUUAUAUUUCCCAAUGCACCUGCAGAAGAUGAGUGCUGGAGGCAGCAGGGUGGCUCAGUGGAUUGAGAACCAGGCCUAGAGAUGGGAGGUCAGGUUCAAAUCUGGCCUCAGACACUUCCCAGCUGUGUGACCCUGGGCAAGUCACUUGACCCCCAUUGCCUAGCACUUACCACUCUUCUGCCUUGGAUCCAAUACACAGUAUUGACUCCAAGAUGGAAGGUAAGGGUUUAAAAAAAAAAAAGAUUGAGUGCAGUCAAAUGAGAGAACUCUUUUCCCAGAUAACUUCCAUACAUUUUCAGACUGUGAUCUUAGAUUUUGUUGAUCCUGUUUUUUUAGCCUUAUUCCCAUUCAUUGCCUUUAUCCUUUCAGCUUUCCAAUUUGUAUCUCAGAUAUCGAUCUUAGCUUUUUUCCAUUAUAAUUCUGGACUCUUCACGAACAAGGAUUUCCUGGCUGAGCCCCUUCCCUUAGUCAAACCUGGGUCUUUAGUCAGCAUCAUGAACCUGCCUAUGAUAUUCUGAGCAUGGAAUGAGGACAGGGAGUCAUUAGGAUAUGUAAGAAAACAACAUAGAAAUCAAGGCUGUCUAUUAAUCUGGAAUCUGAAGGGAAUAAAUGCCUAUGUAGGUGAUAGAGAACUAGCAAAAUACAUUUCAUUAGCCUUUAUAGUAAAUGAAUGUAAUCCACUAGAUUUCCAAAAUGUCUCCAAUGUGGUUCUGGUUAUUAAAAAAAAAAAUAUAUAUAUAUAUAUAUAUAUAUAUAUUGGGGGGGUGGAGGAACUGCAAUUUUUUCAUGGAUAGGGAACUAAUUUGGAAAUAAAGAAACUUGGCAGAAUUGAAUGGAUAUUUCUCCAGGUGGAGAAUCAUGAAGUGCAGAUUUCCUGAAGACUUCAUAAUCUGGCCUAUCUUUAGUUCACAGUGGUACCUCCUUUGCCCCCUAGACUGCAGUUGUCCAGAAUCUACAAGGUGGCACUGUUCUCUGAUAUAGGCAUUUUGUGAAUAUAAUCCCAGAAACAGGGCUAGCUCAUAAAUGCAAGUCAUGACAGUGCAUUUUUUCCCUUGAACUAGGAAGCAAAAUCCCUGCCCAGUCUUAAUGUCAAUGGGCCCCAAGCCCUCUAAAUAAUCUUCAGUACCCUUGGAAAAUAACGAGUACUUUUAAUUGCCACAAGGUGGCAUGAGUGGAAAGCAGAUGGCUGAAAUCUAGCAUCAAAAGCAUUUAUGGGGCACUUAGGGGUGGGGGAUGGAUAGGAGAUGGAUCAGCAUUUGGUCCAUAAAUAAAAUCAGAUAAAAUUAGGAAAGGCAUCGAAAAAUAAUUCUCAUUUCUAGCACCUGUUUCAAACCUUUGUCUUGGAAGCCCAACUCCUAGCAAAUGCCCUGUUCCUCCAACCCUACUUUACCAAAAAGUACAACUGUCAGAAUCUCCUUCACCUAUGCACUUUUACAUCUUGAACUUUCUCAGCAGCUCUCCAAAAUUUCUCCUUUGCUCCUUUUUUGGAAAGGGAGUUGAUUCUAUCUCUGUGAAGACUUAAGUUCCACAACCAGUCUAUCCUUCAGUAUUUGAUUCUUUUUGUCUCUCUCCCUGUUGAGGUUUACUUAAAGUUACCACCCCAAAUCUUCUCACUUUCAUUGUUUAACUUGUAGAAAGUCACCUAUACUGUUUGACUACUGUUGCUGCCUCCCUUCUCCCACAAUCUGGUUUUCUUAACUGCUGAAUUUGCUCUUUCCAAGAUCUCCUGUGAAUUCUUAAAUGCCAAAUCUAAUGCUCUUUUCCCAAACCUCAUCCUUUUCUCACUUGUCUGCAGCAUUUGACACUAUACUAACCCACUUGAUAAUCUUAUAAUCAAAAUCUCAGAAGGGGGGUAGGAGUAGAGGCAAUAUAUCUAACCUGUAGCUAUACACUUGUUAUCCCUGCUAAUUUAGGGUAGGUGAUUUAAUAUCAUUACAUUGAAGACCUACCUACUUACCUAACUUAUGGAGUGAUAGAAAUCCUGCUGUCCCCUAGAGCAGCCCUUGGGCACAUUUCUCUUUGUUCUUAAGUUUAGCCCAAUUGUCUUCAAGUUCAACAACUCUGAGUCUAAUAUUGUGCUUUAGGGCCAAGCAAAACAAAUCAAAUUCCUUUUCCAUAUAACAGCCCUUAACAUACUUGAAGACAGCUAUCAAUCUUAUUCUGUCCCUACCCCUCUUCUUUUCUAAACAAAUGGAGGAGGGUAGUCUUGAGGGUGCUGCUGAAUAUUGCCCUACAUGAGCUUUCAUGAAGGCUAUUCCAUACCAUCCUCUGCUAUUUGAAGUUUUUCUAGACCCAAUCCUGAUGCCACCUCUUCCAUGAAGAGUUCUCUGAUGCCACCAACUAUUCUGAUUUCUUGUAGCACUUUGUCUAGACCAGUGAUGUGAACCUAUGGCACAUGUGUCAAAGAUGGCACACAGAGCUCUUUGUGGGCACACAUGCUAUCCCCCCCCCCCUAGAGUUUGUUACUAGAAAGGCAGAGGGACUCCUGCAGAGCAGCUCCCUUCCCACUCUCCACUGUGCCUGAUAUCAUUUUUCACAUCCCCCACUCCAAUGCCAAGCAACCCAAUGGGAACACACAGUGGGUAGGGGUGGGCAGCUCACAGGCUGCAGAGCUGGAGGGGAGCAGAGCUCUCGGGCCACCCAGCAGCCCAAUAGGAGCUUUUAUUCCCUCCCCUGACUAGAGUAAGGUGGGCAGGUCACAGGAGGCAGAACUGGAAGAGAGUGUUUGAACCACUCCCCUCCCCCUCUCUACACUUGCUGAGGACAUUCCUCACUUCACCCACCUCUCAACCCAGCAGGCCAAUGGAAGCACUUUCUCCCUCUCUUGUGUGAGGUAGAGGCAGGUUGAGACAUAGCACACAGUCUCUAAAAGGUUUGCUAUCACUGGUCUAGACUAACUUAUCUUUACCAGGAACUACUUUCUAACCCUUCAUUGUAAGGUCCUUGAAAGCAGAGACUCUCUCCCCUGACCUCCUUUUGUAACCAGCUUCUAGCACCUAGAACCCCUCCAUAAUGCUUUGCAUAUAGUGAGCACUUAAUAAGUGUGAAUUAAACUGAAUGUGGUUAUUGUGCUUACAAAAGGGGAGUUAAACUGGGUUAUCUAGUUAAAGAAAUUUCUCCCAUGUUUCAAGAGGGAGUGAAAGGAAAUGUCAAAAUUUUCCCCAGGUGUUUUUAUAUCAUGGUUAUCUCUGGCAUUUACAAAGGCUAGAAUGACAUGAAUCCAGAGAUGCAGGAGUAACAUCACAUAUUUCCCCAUUUUUCAGCUGAUGAAUUUCUGUCACCACUUUGUAAUUAACUGGGAGGACUGAAGUUCCAGCUAGAUCCUGGAUACUCCAUAUACUCCAAGGUCCUUAUGGAAGGGCUUUAUCUAUGAUUAAAAGGGUGUGAGGUUCCUAUAAUCUUUUCUCUCUGCUUUAAAAAAAGAAAAGAAAAAGUUUAAAAUGCUAUUAACAGUGCUAUUAGCAA